CGCCUGAUGCCUGAAAGCUACCACUUACUACCUUCAAUCAUCACCAUAAUUCGCCUCUCCUUUGUUGCCACAGGCCCAUUGAGCUAUGUCAGGCCGACGGGAUUUCUUAAGCCAACCGGCACCGGAAAAUUACGUCGCUGGUCUCGGUCGUGGCGCAACUGGGUUCACCACGCGAUCGGAUCUUGGACCGGCGCGCGAUGGUCCCAGCGACGAACAGAUCAAGGAGGAGUUGGCAAAGCGUGCCGCCAAAGCUGGCAUUGCCAUUGAUGGAAAGAAGGGCAAAGAGGAAGAAGAUGACGGAGACGAUGAGCGCUACCAGGAUCCCGACAACGAGGUCGGUCUCUUCGCCGGCAGCGUUUACGACAAGGACGAUGAGGAGGCCGACAAGAUUUGGGAAUGGGUUGACGAGCGCAUGGAUCGACGAAAGAAGCAACGAGAAGCGCGUGAACAAGCCGAGCGAGACGAAUACGAACGAAACAACCCGAAAAUCCAGCAGCAGUUCACUGAUCUGAAGCGCGCCCUUGCGACAGUUUCCGACGAUGAAUGGGCCAACCUCCCUGAAGUUGGUGAUCUCACAGGCAAAAACCGCCGAAGCAAGCAGGCGCUGCGAGAGAGAUUCUAUGCAGUUCCGGAUAGCGUCCUGGCGGCGGCCAGAGAUGCUGGCGAAAUGGGCACGACGGUGGCAGACGACGGCAUGGCCUCGAGCAACGGCGACUCCAAGGACGGGACCAUGACCAACUUUGCAGAUAUUGGUGCUGCUCGUGACAAGGUUCUCAAGUCGAGGCUGGAGCAAGCGUCACAAAGCUCUGGCGAUGCGGUCAGCGGAAGCGCAACAAGCAUCGAUCCGCAAGGCUACAUUACGAAUCUCAAUAAGAUGCAGAUGAACGAGUCGCAAGCGCAGGUUGGCGACAUCAACCGUGUACGAGAACUUCUACAAUCAGUUGUCAAGACGAACCCGAACAAUGCGCUUGGAUGGAUUGCCGCAGCCCGUCUAGAAGAACUGGCUGGCAAGAUUGGUGCAGCUAGGAAAACUAUUGACCAGGGUUGUCAGAGAUGUCCAAAGAGUGAAGAUGCCUGGUUGGAGAACAUCCGACUUAACCACGAAUCCAACAAUGCCAAGAUUAUUGCCCGACGGGCUAUUGAGGCAAACAGUCGAUCCGUCAAGCUCUGGGUAGAAGCUAUGCGUCUGGAGCAUCUCCCUAACAACAAGAAGCGCGUUAUCCGACAAGCCCUGGAUCACGUUCCCGAAUCAGAAGCUCUGUGGAAAGAAGCUGUCAACUUGGAGGAGAAUCACGAAGACGCAAGACUCAUGCUUGCAAAGGCUACUGAGCUUAUCCCACUUUCUAUCGACCUCUGGCUUGCCCUGGCUCGUCUGGAGACACCCGAAAACGCACAAAAAGUCCUCAACAAGGCGCGAAAAGCCGUUCCUACGUCGCACGAGAUUUGGAUUGCUGCGGCCCGUUUGCAGGAACAACUUGGCAAGGCAGCCGAGUUUAGCGUCAUGAAGCGCGCAGUCCAAGUCCUGGUCAAGGAAUCAGCCAUGCCCAAGCGCGAAGACUGGAUCACCGAAGCCGAGAAGUGUGAGGAGGAUGGAGCUGUUAUUACUUGUGAAAAUAUUAUUCGAGAAACCCUUGGAUGGGGUCUGGACGAGGACGACGAUCGCAAAGAAACAUGGAUGGACGACGCCAGAGGAAGUAUCAACCGCGGCAAAUACGAAACAGCGCGAGCCAUCUACGCCUACGCUCUGCGUGUAUUUACAAACAGCAAGACAACAUGGCUGGCUGCAGCCGAUCUUGAAAGAAACCACAACACAAGAGAAGCACUAUGGCAGGUGCUUGAAAAGGCUGUUGAAGCAUGCCCGAAGAGCGAUGACCUGUGGAUGAUGCUGGCCAAGGAAAAGUGGCAGGCCGGCGAGGUGGAUAAUGCUCGACUGGUUCUGAAGAGAGCCUUUAACCAAAACCCUAACAAUGAAGAUAUCUGGCUGUCAGCCGUUAAGCUCGAGUCGGAAAGCGGCAACAUUGACCGAGCACGGGAGCUGCUAGCGAUUGCACGGGAGCAGGCGCCUACGGACCGUGUCUGGAUGAAGAGUGUUGUAUUUGAACGUGUGCACGGCACUAGUGAAAUGGCCUUGGAUCUGGUUCUACAGGCGCUACAGCUCUUCCCGAAUGCGGCCAAGCUCUGGAUGCUCAAGGGACAAAUCUACGAGGACAUGGAAAAGACUGGACAGGCGAGAGAUGCCUAUGCUUCUGGCGUCAAAGCUGCGCCUUCAUCAGUUGCGCUUUGGCUACUCUACGCGCGCUUGGAGGAAAGAAAUGGGCUCAUUGUCAAGGCUCGUUCGGUAUUGGAUCGUGCUCGUCUGGCCGUGCCCAAGAAUGCCGAGCUGUGGGUGGAAUCGGUGCGCCUAGAGCGCCGCGCAGGCAACGCAGCACAGGCCAAGGCGCUGAUGGCAAGGGCCCAGCAAGACGUGCCCAAGAGCGGCUUGCUGUGGGUUGAGCAGAUCUGGCACCUGGAGCCCCGUACACAGCGCAAGCCGCGCAGUUUGGAGGCCAUCAAGAAGGUGGACAACGAUGCGGGCCUGUUUGUGGCCGUGGCGCGAAUCUUCUGGGCCGAUCGUAAGCUUGAUAAGGCGCAAAACUGGUUCGAGAAGGCGCUCGUUUUGGAUCCCGACAUGGGCGACUCGUGGGCCUGGUACUACAAGUUCCUGCUGCAGCAUGGAACUGACGAGAAACGGGCCGAUGUUGUUUCCAAGUGUGUAUCGAACGAGCCUAAACACGGCGAAGUUUGGGCGUCGAUCAAUAAAAACCCGUGCAACGCUAGCCUUGGUGUGGAAGAGAUUUUGAAGCUUGUCGCCGCUGAGCUGGAGCAGUAAUUUUCUGUUAAAAAAGAGGGAGCCAUUUUGUAUUAUUUGAGCGUUCUUUGUAUUUUUGGUUUCAAUUCUGGAGUGUCUGUCGGGAGAAGUCGGCCUGGCGAUGUUAUUUAGCAUGCAGCAGUAGUAGUACCUUUUCGGUGUAAGUUAGUAGAUCCAUCGAAAGGCAUAACAUGAAAAGAGUCAAACACAACGUUUUGCGGAGCACCCGUGAUUGAGAAGAAUUAGAAGAAUGUGU